AUGCAACUUCCCCAUAAACCAACAGAGCAGUCGCCGCUGCUCCCGCAGCCGGCACCGGCACACACACCGCUGCCGGGAAACCUGCCGCUCAUCAUCGUGUCUCUGUGGACCGGUUCAUUUCUUUCGUCAGCUGACUCCACCAUCGUGUCGACCACGGCCAACACCAUUGCCUCGCUGCUUCAUGACUCCAAUAGACUUGCCUGGAUCGGCACGAGCUACCUGCUGACCAACGCGAUUUUCCAGCCGCUGAUGGGCAAAAUCAGCGAGGUGUUUGGCCGCAAAACAAGUCUCCUAUUUGCGCAGUUCUGGUUCGGAUUGGGCUGUCUUUUGUGUGCCUGCUCGCGGUCGGUGACCCAAUUUGCUGCUGCGCGGGCGUUGGCGGGAAUUGGAGGCGGCGGAAUCUCUGCCCUGAGCUCUAUCGUCGUCACCGACGUCGUUCCGCUCAGAAUGCGCGGCAUGUACCAGGGAUACGCAAAUCUCGUGUACGGCCUGGGCCAAUUUAUCGGUCCAAUCAUUGGCGGUAUUAGUCUCGGCCUAGACCCGAAUAACGGCUGGAGAUGGAUGUUUGGCUGUCAGGUGCCACUGGUGGUUCUUGCCGCGUACCUUGUCUCCACCAACGUGCACGAGUACAUUGACGACGCAGAGGGACGUACGCACAAACGCUUCACCAAAGAAAACUUUUCCAAGAUCGACCUGGCCGGCUCGCUGACGCUGGCGUUGCUUAUUGCGAGCGUGCUGCUCCUGUUCUCGUCGACCAGCCGCGCCGAGGGGCUCACAUUCGUGGCCAGUGCCGCUGUUUCCGGCGUGCUAUUCUAUCUGGUGGAAACCAGACCCGCUACAGAACAUAUCAUCCCGCCGUUCGCUUUCCAGGGAGUCCUGCGCUUGGGGGCCCUCACAGCGAUGUUUGGAACCAUGACGCUGUACGGAAUCAAUUUUAUCCUGCCUAUCUAUCUGCAGACCGUCCACGGUCUUGACUCGCUGCAACUGGGGCUGUUCAACGGCUUUGGCGUGUUUUUCGUGUCUUUUGGCUCGCUGUAUUCCGGCUGGCUACUGAAACACGACGCCAACGCAAAGGACGACUACAUCGUCGCCCAAUCCGUCCGCGUCUCGAUAUUGGGGUUCCUGGCUGUGUGUUCAGGCUCGCUCGUGUCGCUUGGUGUUUGUCUGACUGCAAAGCCAGCGUUCGCGCCAGAAGACCGCAACUAUUGGCAGAUUGCGCUGCUUGCCGCGGGCUUCUCCUUGACCGGAUUUGGAUACGGCAUGUUCUUGGUGAGUCUGCUGAUCAUGGUGGUGGGCAAAGUUGGUCUCAAACACCAGGCCUCCGUCACCGGAAUGAAUUACCUGUUCCGGUCAAUCGGCUCCGUUUCUGGGGCAGGAAUCACUCUCAACAUCUACAGCACGGUCCUCAGCAAAGAGCUACGGCACUACUUCAUCAAGAAGAAAAGACCGGACGGCGAGAAAAUAUACAAAACUCUCAUGGAGAACUUCUUUUAUGUGCGCAACGGCCUGGACCCAAAAUAUACCACCAAAGUGCUGAAAAUAUACCGCGAGGCCGUGGGUGAUUCGCUCAUGAUGGUGUUUGUCUUUGCCACAAUGGCCCUCACAGCGAGCAUCUCGCUCAGACUGUAUAGCAAGUGA